AUGGAUAAUGGUGAUGGUGAUGGUCAGUCUCGGUUCUGCCAUGACGGGAAAGAUGGCGAGAAAGCCGCAGGACCGGACAGCAAGGACAUUUAUGUUCAGCUUGUAAUCUCGCUCGCCUUAGGUAUAUCAGCCUUUGUCGCUUUUUGUAUCCUAAGACCUCGGUGGAAGACUCUCUACGCCGCUCGGAGACGUCACUAUGAUCCUCAGAUUGCGCUUCCUGCGCUUCCCGACAGUUUCUUUGGAUGGAUACCAGCAUUAUAUAGAAUUACAGAGGAACAGGUGCUGGCAUCUGCAGGCUUAGAUGCCUUUGUGUUUCUAUCCUUUUUCAAGAUGUCGCUCCGCCUAUUUACUACCAUGUUAUUUUUCGCCCUCGCCGUUCUUUGGCCUAUCCACAAGACUUUCAAUGCCGGCACGAAUCAACCGCCUAGCGAAUCCUUCGGAGAUGCUUCCAUGUUUAUGAACUUGGUACUGCGAGACGGAAACUAUAGCAUGAGCGGCAUGGAAAAUAUUCUGACGAAGCCCGAACCUGAGGAUAAGAGCUGGAGCUUGCUAUGGGCUCCGGUCUUUACUUGGUUAUUCUCUUUCCUUACAAUGUACUUCAUGAAUUCCGAGACUAUAAAAGUGAUCAAAGUGAGGCAGGACUAUUUGGGUACUCAGUCAACAAUAACCGACCGGACUUUCCGGCUAACGGGAGUUCCCGAAGAUAUCAGAUCAGAGGAGAAGGUUAAGGAGUUUGUGGAGAACUUAGAGAUCGGACAUGUGCGAAGCGUUGCGUUGUGUCGAAACUGGUCUGAGAUAGACGGUCUGAUGGCCGAACGACAAAUCCUUUUACGAAAACUUGAAGAAGCAUGGAGUGUUUAUCUAGCUAGGAGACCACCAACAGGAGCGUCCAAUCAUCAACAACGCCCAGAUCCGGACAGGACUAGCCAAGGCAACGAUGACAACGAUGAGGAGUCGCAGGAGAAUAGGCGUCUUCUCACCGGCGAUGGCCUACGGGACCUUAUCGCAGAGAGGGCGAGACCUAAAGUUCGUCUUCGGUAUGGCUUUCUUAGAAUGCGCAGUCGUAAAACCGAUGCUCUUGACUAUUACGAGGAGAAGUUACGUCGUCUUGAUGAGAAAAUCCGAAAUGCGAGAAGGAAAGAGUAUACGCCAACAGAUACCGCGUUUGUGACGAUGGAUUCUAUUGCGGCGUGUCAAAUGGCCAUGCAAGCCACCAUUGACCCUAGACCAGGACAGCUGCUGUCGAAGCCCGCGCCUGCUCCUUCAGAUGUUAUUUGGAAGAACACUUAUACUCCACGAUACAAGCGUCGAUUAAAAGCAUGGACCGUUACCCUCUUCAUCACCUUCCUAUCCAUCAUCUGGUUGUUCCCAGUAGCGGUACUAGCUCAGUUACUCAGCCUUUGUGGCAUUUCGAAGGUAGCGCCCUCCCUUGCCGAGACACUUUAUGCGCACGAUAUUACGAGGGCUUUCGUACGGACCGGCUUACCUACCCUCGUGGUUUCGUUGCUCAACGUCUUGGUGCCAUACCUCUACGAUUAUCUUUCCAACAAGCAAGGCAUGAUGUCUCAAGGCGAUGUUGAACUUUCCACGAUAUCGAAGAAUUUUUUCUUCAUAUUCUUCAAUAUCUUUGUUGUCUAUGCGGUCUCAGGUAGUGCAGCUCUAUCGGAUUUCUGGAAGAUAAUCGGAGAUUCGCUCAGCGAUACGCGUACUAUCGCAAAGAAGUUGGCCAUCUCGAUACAAAACUUGAACAACUUCUACCUCAAUUUCAUCAUGUUGCAAGGAUUCGGCCUGUUUCCAUUUAAACUUCUCCAAUUCGGGGGCAUCACGCUGUAUGCCAUCUAUCGGAUGGGAGCGAAGACGCCGCGAGAUUUUGCUGAGCUUGUCCGACCCAGUCUGUUCAACUACGGGUUCUACCUCCCUACCGCUCUACUGGUGUUUAUCCUCUGUUUAGUGUACAGCAUCCUCCCUGGCGCGCACAUUGUCUUGCUACUUGGUGUCUGCUAUUUCUCACUCGGAUAUUUUGUUUACAAGUAUCAAUUGUUGUAUUCGAUGGACCAACCACAGCACGCCACUGGUGGCGCAUGGCCGAUUAUAUGCGGACGUAUCAUUGUUGGCUUAGUUGCAUUCGAAGUUAUCAUGAUUGCUUUCUUGGUACUGCAGACAGCCUUUAUAGCUGCAUCAUUUAUUGCACCUCUAGUUGUCUUGACUUUUUGGUAUAGCUUUUAUUCCCGGCAGCGAUACACUCCACUUACGAAAUUUAUCGCGCUUCGUAGUAUUAAGCGCGCUACUGAUCCUGGUUCGGAAACUCGUCCUGAUCGAGAUCCAGACCAAGUACAACGGCAAACUCGACUAACGAGACGCAUGAGCACCAUCGACGAAGAUAAGGAAAAGGGGAUGAGGUUCAUAAACCCGAGUCUUGUUGUCCCCUUAGAACAGCCUUGGGUGUAUCAAGAUCCACCACCACUUCUGCCAGAGUCAUCUGUUAGCUCUAGCACGGGGAGUGUUGGCGAGAAUGGUAGUCGCAGGGAGGCGUCGCUAAGAAGUAAUGACGAGCUGGGUAGCGUUUCUAGUUCCUUUAGUCUUGGAGAUACCCAUAUUUGGCGAGACAGCAAUGGCGAUGACAACGUAUGA